CAGAAUCCUCUGCGCAGCGCGGGACCGCAAUGUGGGGGCGCGUCGCGCCGUAAAGGAGAGAGUAAAAGGAAGCAGGAAGUGAAAUGUACAAACCAACCCUGGCGAAAACAUAACCGAUUUGGUGGACAUAAUAAAGCGCGCCACGUGGGUUUCGAGCGUUCGGUGCCGAGGGAACGCACCUGCUGCACACCACACUGCUUGAUAAGCUACCAUCACCCGGAGACGAUGAGCGUCAAUUUGUGAGGUGUGCGAUGAUGACAUGAACCAUAUGGGCACCAUCAGGUAGAGCAAUCAGUAACUCUGCAGGCCAGACUUAGGGGGUCUCCUUUGGGACUCUAACACGCAUGUCAGCUCCUCGUGGCCGAGCCCUAUGAACACAUGACAGGGAAGGAACACAGACAAACCAUGAAAAAGAUAUACAUUGGCAAAACAGCCUUAAAAGCCCCGCGCAAUGGCGGCAAACAUCUGAAAAAGAGCUCGUUGCUGGAGCAGAAAGAAGACUUGAGGAAGCGGCUUUCCUACACCACACACAAGCUGGAGUUGCUGCAGAGCGAGUUUGACUCCACGCGUCAGUACCUGGAGACGGAGCUGCGGCGCGCACAGGAAGAACUGGACAAGUUUACUGAUAAACUGCGCAGGAUCCAAAGCAGCUAUUCAGCACUGCAGAGGAUCAACCAGGACCUGGAGGAGAAGAUUCACAGAGAUUCGCUGCACCAUGACGAUGAGAAGCGAGCUCUGAGCCGAGAGAUCAUUGUUCUCAACAACCACCUGAUGGAGGCCAAGCUCACCAUCGAGAAGCUUCAAGAGGACAAUGAUAUCUACAGGAAGGAUUGUAACCUGGCCGCUCAGCUUCUGCACUGCAACAAGUCUCUUUAUGGAGACCAGCUCUCUGAGCUGCCUGCCGACUUCCAGGAGCGACUGACCCUGCACAUGGAAGAGUCCCCUCUCUGCCGCACCUACUCGGACUCUGUCCCCGCCUCCCUCUUGGGGAAGGCCAUGCACGACAAGCCCGACGAGGCGUGCAGCAGCAGCCAGGCCUCGCGCUCCCCCAGCCCUCAAACCCUGGACCACGCUUUUAUCUUGGAGAGCCUGGGACAAGGGACGCGCCUCGGCCUCAGAGUCUCCGACCUUUACAGUAGCGACACCGCCCUCUACUGCCCCGACGAACGGAACCGGGAGCGCAGGCCCAGCGUGGACCUCCACGGUCAGAGGAAGCUGCUUUACGGACCGCAGAAUUCCACCGACAGCAACCCGGAGGAGGGGAUGACCCGGGAGCUCUUUGCCAAGUUCUCCGCCGUGGCGGCGGGAUCCAGCUCCUACUCCAGCUUCAGCGGCGGAGGCUCGGAAGACAAAGCCAACGGCCCGCCGAGCAGCGCCGCGUCCUCCCCGCGCCAUCACACCCUCUACAUGGAUUGGAGGGACGCGGGGGACUACGAGAGGAAGAGCGACUCGUCCUGGGAGAGUCCCAGGGGGUUCGCCAACAGUCACCCCUUCCAGCAGGGGGAGCUGAGCCACCAGCAGAGCAGCAGCUCGCCCGUGUACAGCCGCACCAUGUCGUCGUGUUUCAGCGAGCCCUACGAGCCUCUGCCGCCGUCCUCCUCCCCGAGCGUGGCCUACGGAGACAGCCGGCGAGGCAGCACCCUGGCCCCCGAGGAGGAGGAGCUCAUCGGCCGGUGGCGGCAGCUCAGCGCCGAGGACCUGAGUUCUCACUCCUACCGCAGUCCGGGGCGAGCGUCGCCGUACAGUUUCUCCGAGCAGCACUUCUCCGUGAGGCCGGCCAAGAUCCGCCUGGGGCCGCUCUACAGCAGCUUCCAGGAAGGGGCCGACCACUACCACCAGCCCCACCAGCACCGCCACCACGGGGAGGGCACCACCGCGCAGGAGCAAGUGUGGGCGGCCGGGCCGGGGCUCCGCCAGGCUCACAGCCAAGCCCACUUGUACGGGGCGGAGGACAGCCAAGGCUCGGAGCACAGCCUCUACCAGUCGGGGAGCUCCAAAGACAGAGAGGGCAACGUCGCCUCCGGUGGCCAAAGCGUGGACUACGGCGACCCCAGCCCCAACAGCUCCACCGAGUCCCUGGACCGCAGGUCCCUGGACAUGGCCGCCGAUCUCCAGCACUACCAGGAGGCGAGCCCGGCGUCGUCGCCGCCGCCGGCCCCGCCGCCUCUGCCGCCUUAUCACCAAAAAUUUGGCUCCCUGGGACUGUCUCGGAAAGACAGCCUGACCAAGGCCCAACUUUACGGAACACUCCUCAACUGACGGAGCGCGCCUACACGGGGAAUAGAAGCCAAGUGGAGUUCUACAUUUGUAAGAAUGUGUGCGUAUUUCCUAGUCAUACUUUUGGUACGGUCGCCAUUGGAAGGAGACGUCUUAGUGAACCUAACUAACGCUAGAAAGUCAACAACUUGACGCCUUCUUCAUGCAGUUUGAUGUUUUAUAUCGUUAUUAAUGGAAUGUUUUGACACGUGAUCAUCACUUUAUAGAAAAUUGACACUUUUUCCUGCACCUUUCCCGUCCCCUUUCUACCUCACAAUUGUUUCUUUACCAACGAUGCAUGUGGAUAUUAUAUUUUAUGUUGUUUUACUCGCUCAAUAAAGCACAAACUAUACUAA